AUGGCCUCAGGCUCCGGCGAUAAAACGUUUCGAAUCUGGGACGCUAACAAAGGAUGUGCUGUUUCUGUACCUUUCGGAGGACACUCAGGGACAGAGGCGCAUAGUCCUUGGCUUAGCGACGAAACAGUCUUACUCUGGGAAACUGAAAGCGGAGAUGCCAUUACUGAGUCCUUAAGAGGUCAUACUGCUCGGGUUCCUUUCUCGCCCGAUGGUGCACGUGUUACCUUUGGUUCUGAUGAUACAAUCAUCCAGAACUGUGAUGUCGAGAACGGAUGUGUCUUGGCUGGGACCUUCGAAAGCCAUACGGGCCGGGUUAUGUUGGUUGCUUUCUUCCCGGAAGGAGCACGCAUCGUCUCUGCCUGUAUCGAUAAGACGACCCACAUCUGGGACGCCAUGAGUGGACAGGCCGUCUUUGCUCCUUUUGAAGGGCAUACAACAGAUGUCAUGUCUAUCGCAUUCUUGCCUGACGGGGACGCAUCGUCUCUGACUCUCUGGGUAGUGCAAUUAGAACAUGGGACGUAG